AUGCUUUUGAUAGGGUCAAAAAUCAAAACAAAUGAGUUAACUGCUAAUUAAUAAUUGAAUUGUUAAUAGUCAAGAUAAGUCACAAAAGAUUGUAAAUCUUCUCACUAAUUACAUCGGCGAUAUUCAACAAAUAGUGCUAUCUAUUAAGAAGUUUUCAAGAAUGAAAAUAAUUAUUCAAAAUAGAUCAAAAGCUUAUUACAUACUAGAUUUUAUAAUUUGCAUUAACUAUUCAAAAGGAAACAAUAUAUUCCUGUUAAUAUUAAGUAAGUCAAUAAGCCUUUUGAGAAUGUAGUGACAAACUAAUUUUCAACUACAUAAUCAUAUUUAGGUUAAAAGAAAAAAAAGCUUAACACAAGAGAAUGGCAUAAAGUUAAUUAUGAUAAGUUUAGAUACUUAAGUAGAGAAGGAAGUAUUGAAAAAUUAGUUACAACGAAUCGAAAUUAAAAUAUACAACCUUGUUUGCAAAUUUCAUAGAUAAAUAAACAAUAGAGAUCGGUAUCUCAAAUGAAUAAUUAAAGAACUGAAUCAUAUAAUUAUUUAAAUAACGAAAGAUGUAAAAGCAAAAGAAGUAAUUCAUUAUAAAAAGAAAAUCUUAUUAUAUUUUUAAUUGAUGAAAAUUAACACAACUAAAAACAGGACAGAAUUGCUUAGAUUAUAUGA